GUGGCUGCAACUUGCUAGGAGUCGCAGCCCGAUGGGGUGAAUCGCAGGUUUCUGGCGGAGCGGGUGGGCGCUUCUCUCCUCCUCCUCCUCCUCCUGCGGCUCGGGGCGACCAGGGCGUUCGCAGGCUCCUCGGAGCGGCUCUUGCCGCGGCCCGUUCCGCCCGGGGCAGCGGAUGGCGUAGCCGGGCUGCACCCCUGGAGCGCAGGGAACGUUGUUGCCCGUUUCCUCUGAAGUGGCUCCCGGGGGGCGUCCCGGGCUGACGGACCCGCUGAGAGCCUUUAUGCUGAUGCAGAAGAAGAUAGUUUUAAAGACUCGUGUGAGAAGACUGGAAGUUCUGGGGAAAUUUGAUUUUUAGAUACUUACAAAGAAACAAAUAUGAAGCAAAUGUAAAGUAGGCAAUUAAAAGUCUGGAAGACUUGAUUUCAAAGCAUAUACCACUGAUUUCAAAGGAAGUACAUCUACAUGAAGAGCUACAAAAGGAGUUGAUUUGAGAAGACCCAGUGUUGCAAAAAUGACUUCAAGUUGUGUGAUUCCAGUGUUUGCUUUGACUUUAUGUUUAGCAGCUGCAGACACUUAAGUCCCAAAUCGAUUCAUGAACUGGGGAAAGAUUGGCGUUCCUACAACUAUCUACUCUGCGGGAUCCAAUCUGAGAACACAUCUUUCCCCCACUCCACCUCUGAAAAGCUCUCUCCUUUCACAUUUGAGGCAACAGACUACACAUCACAUCACUCGCUACAAUCAGACCAGUAUGGUCCUGUGCCUAGGAGCGAAUGUGUGUUAUCGCCUGUCAAUAGUUCCCACCCAGUUCAUGCCUUGCUGGAGAGCUUUACUGUCUUAUCUGGUUGUGCAAGCAGAGGCACAAUGGGCCUGCCACAGGAGGUACACAUCCUCAACCUCAGAAAUCCAGAGGAAGGUCUUGGCCAUCACGAAAAAGAGGUCACAUUACAUUUGAAUCCCAUUUCCUCAGUGCACAUUCACCAUAAGCCUGUGGUGUUCCUACUGAACUCUCCUCAGCCCCUGACAUGGAAGCUAAAAACAGAAAGACUGGCAUCUGGAGUCCAAAGAUUUUUCUUCGUAUCUCCAGGUUCCAUUGUUCAAUUUGAGAAGGGAAAUUUCUCCUUGGCAACAGAAACUGAGGAAAAGCCUUUCCCUCAGGGAAAUGAACAUCUGUUACAGUGGGCCCAAAAGGAAUAUGGAGCAGUCACGUCUUUCACUGAACUCAAAAUAUCGAGAAACAUUUACAUCAAAGUGGGAGAAGAUCAAGUUUUUCCUCCCACAUGCAACAUAGAAAAGAAUUUCCUCUCUCUGAAUUACCUUGCGGGAUAUCUACAACCAAAGACAGCGGAGGGGUGUCUCAUGUCUUCCACAGACCAAGAAAGAGAGGUUCAUAUAAUUGAAUUAAUCACUCCAAACUCCAAUCCCUACAGUGCUUUCCAGGUGGAUAUAAUCAUUGACAUUAGACCAUCUCAACCAGAUGUCAUGCUUGUCAAGGACCUCAUACUAAUCCUCAAGUGUAAAAAAUCUGUCAAUUGGGUUAUCAAGUCACAUGAUGUUCAGGGAAAACUGGAAGUGAUUGCACCAAACAGUAUUGGCUUUGGAAAAGAAACGGAACGAUCUAUGACUAUGAAUAAAUUAGUAAUACCUGAUAUUCCCUCGUCUCAUGAGAAUUUGAUUAAGUGGGCUUAUGACCAUGGCUAUAGCCCAGUUACUUCCUACACAAUAGCCCCUGUAGCUAAUAGGUUCCAUCUACGAAUUGAAGACAGUGAAGAGAUGAAUGACGAAGACCACCCUUUUCUUCCCCCAGAGCUGACCGAACUGCUCGGUACUAACCCUCUGCCUGCUCUGAAGGAGCCCACAUUAAGCGACGGCCUGGGUUUUCCUUUUCACAUUAACAGAGGAAGGCAUGAUAAGAUGGGAGAAGGAAUCUCCUUAUCAAGGGAUACAGUAGACACAAUAAUGAGUCGUUUCUAUGAGCAACUGCUUCAAAAAUCUGAAGAACCUGAAGAGGUUCAGGGAAGCAUUGAUGUAGCCCUCUCAGUAAAAUGUGAUGACAAAAUGAUGACUGUUGCCGUAGAAAAAGACUCCCUGCAGGCUAAUGGUUACACAGGGACAGAACUCUCACUACUAGAUCCUGCCUGUAAAGCGAAGAUGAAUGGUACCCAUUUCAUUUUGGAAUCUUCAUUGCACAGCUGUGGGACUCAACAGAUAGGCUAUGCCUUGGAUAACAUAGUUUAUUUUAACUCUAUUGUUAUUCAGCUGUCAUCACCAGUGGAGAGUAGUGGUUGGGGAAUUGAUGAUGAAGAUGUGGAAUCGGGUGAUAAUGGAUUUCCAGGAGACACUGAUGAAGCAGAUGUUACCUUUCCAAGCAGGCCUGAAAUAGUUGUGUUUAACUGCACACUCCACCAAGCAGAGGGUGGCAAACGCUCACUUAAUCCUGUGCCUCCUGAACCCCCUAUCAGCAAUGUGACCUUCAACAUGGAGCUUUAUAAAACAGACCUCUUCCUCGCUCCUUCACAAGGACUCUUCUCUGUUGCUGAGAAUGGACAGAUUUAUGUUGAGGUUUCUGUGACGAAAGCUGACAGAGCCCUGGGCUUUGCGAUCCAAACAUGUUUUGUUUCACCAUAUUCAAACCCUGAUAUGAUAUCUGAUUACACCAUCAUAGAAAACAUUUGUCCUAAAGAUGAAUCUGUUAAAUUCUACAAUGUCCAGAAGGUGAACUUUCCUAUACCACAAGCACAGAUGGACAAAAAGAGGUUUAGCUUUGUGUUUAAACCUAUAUUCAACAUCUCAUUGCUCUUUCUUCAUUGUGAGCUGACUUUGUGUACAAAUAAAGAAAAAGACACUCAAGGACUGCCGAAGUGCAUUCCUCCUGACGAAGCCUGCACCUCGCUCAAUGUUGAUAUGAUCUUGGCCAUGAUGCAUAAUAAGAAAACUUUCACCAAGCCCCUUGCUGUAAUAACCCAUGAAGAAAAGCCCAAAGGUCCACCUACUCACAAGCCAAAAGGCAAUGGGAUGCAGCAACCAGUUUUCUAUGGUCUGGACACUCUGACCGUUGUGGGCAUCGCCUUUGCAGCAUUUGUGAUUGGAGCACUGCUGACAGGAGCACUGUGGUUUAUCUAUUCUCACACAGGGGAAACAGCAGGAAGACAGCAGGUCCCCACAUACCCACCAGCCUCUGAAAACAGCAGUGCUGCACACAGUAUCGGCAGCACACAAAGCACCCCCUGUUCUAGCAGCAGUACAGCCUAACCCAGGGGGAAAUAAGUCCAGGGAGCAUCAUAGGAGGGCAGAGGUUCAAAGAGACAGUAUGUUGACAUUGGCUGUCUAAAGUUGGAAGGAUUCAUUUGGUUUCUUUUGAGAAAGGAGGGAUUUCACUGUAGAAAAAAAAAAAAUCACCUGAUCUUCUGGAUAAAUACAGUCUUUGGACCUUUCUACAGCAUGUUAUGCUACAGUACUGCAACCUGUUAAAAGGGAGUAUGCGCUGUCGGUGUGAAAUACAUGCCAGUUUGAAAAAUGCUGCUUUGUCUAUACAAAAUAAUUUUUGGUCCCUAAACCUUUUCACUGACAAGGUGUCUGUAAAAGGAUUUCAACAAGAUAAGUAGAAUAAAGGAGAUAUUCAGUCAAAGGAUUCCUACAUUCAGAAGAAGAAAGUCUCAAGCUCAGACCUACUUGGUUAAAAACCAUUUUAUUACUUCAGCUAUAUUUAACCACUUCAAAAUAGCACCUUGUUUUCUUGAGCUUGACUGCUAUAGCAUCUUACCUGCUUUUUUCGUGUACAGUUUCAGGUGUUUAAAAUGUGUUUGCCUUUGGUAAUUAUAAUGUCCACUAAAGCAACAUUCCCUUUCUUGUUCACUGGGCCAAAACUAUCUUCAGUUAGGGGUUUUUUUUUUUUUACCCACUAUACCCUUAUACACACACACAAAGAUUAAAGAAAAGAUAAUAUGCACUAAUGUUAAUAUGUGUAUACUUAAUGAAAUAUCUUUAUGCAAAUUUAUAUACCACAGUAUACACAAUUUUACUUAAUCUAGCAUGUCUAUUUUUGUAGACUAGGAAAAAGAUCUUAAUAUCCCACUCUACCCAUGAGAAUGUUGUUAGAUAUUUAUAAUUGACUUUAGUUUAUAUGCAUAUUUUGAGACCAAUAUACAAAAAAGUAUAUUGAAAGAUACUUGGCUCAGUCCUACAUUCUUUGUGCGCCCCAAAUUCCAGUUGACAUCACUGUGGUUUUGAGUGUGCAAGGGAUAUACAACUGAGCCUAUCUGUAUAAAACACUGCAUAUAAAAAUGAAACUUCUUUUAAGAUAACAGUCCACAGUGGUUUGUGUCAAACUACUAGUUAGUCACAUGAACUUUGCAAUUGGAUAUUCCCAAACUAAUGUUAGAAUGUGAGAUGGGCAAUAAGGCACUAAUUUUAAUAGUAUUAUUUUAGUGCUUUUGCCAUACCCUGACCUUACAAUAAAUAGCAAAAGGAGGGAAAAAUUAGAUGUGAAUUACUUUGAAUAUUAUGUUGUCACUUUGCAACUGUAAUAUGCUCCGAUUUCUGUUUCUGGUUUGUUUUGUUUUUUAAGUGAAUACUAUUCUCUUGUCACAGGAUAUAAAUGACUCCCAUUAAUUUCAGUAGAAGCUGCUUGUAUUCUGCAGCAGGAGAAUAGGAUUCUUUAUAUUAGGGUGAUAUUCUCCUAAGUCUGAACUCAAUAUUUCUGUUGCUAACUCUACACUCGUGCCAUGUAUACAACUCAUAUUGUCAACGGAUAUUCAGCCUGUAUAAUGAGAUCAAAAUGUGCAAUAGAGAUACAUACUCAGGAUCAGAUAGCAGAAUUUUGCCCUUCAUUUUUUAAACACAUUUGGCUCUGAUCCUGCAAAUGCUUAUGCACAUGGGUAAACUUACAGACUGACCCUGAUGUUGCAAGGGCUUAUAUAUGUACUUAACUUUAUGCCCUGUGAUCAGUCUCAGUGUCAAUGGGGACUGCUCACUGAGUAAAGUUAAGCACAUGUGAAAGUCUUUGCAAGAUCAGACCAAUGAAUAAUUACAUUGAGUUCAACAGGAUGACUCACAUAAGUGUUUGCAGGAUUGCGUCCUUUGUGUGGGGAGAACAAAUAUGCUACCUGUGUCUUUGAAAAUAAUGCGCUUUGCCUAACCUUCAGCAGAAUGUAUUGUGUAAGCAUAUUCUAUGUAUAAAAAUCUUUAAAGAUGUCUUCAAAGAAGACUAAAGCCUUUAAGUCAAUCAUAGCUAUAUUUUACUACAUUACAUUUGUGUAUAAAGAUAUAUUUAAGUGGUUUUAGAUAAAUUUAAAUUACUCUAUAUAUGUUUAAUUUCAGUUACUGUGAAUUUUACAUUUUUUGUAAGUUCUUAUUACCAUUUUAACCCUUCCCUUCUCAGAUUAAAAAAAAGAGUCGAGUCUCAUAGGGAGUCUUAGAAAAUUCUGUUGUGAUGGACAGUUUAAAACCUUGUGUAAGAUAGUUAGUUGUAUAUUUUUGAGAAACAUGCUGCAUUAUCAAUGAUUUUAUCAACAAUUUACUCUAAUUUUAAAAUAAUUUAGAGAUUUAUAUUUCCAAACUGACAAACCAAAAUAUACAAUGCAUAAAAAAAAAUUGAAUUUUUAGCCUUCUAUCCAGGACACAAUUUAAAUUCAGACUCAUCUUGAUAUACUAGGCCAUUCAGAGUUAAUAUUUCAAACUGAGUUCAUGGAAAGUUACCAAUAUGUUAAUUGGACAGUGGAUGUCAUCAAAUGCAGGUGUCAUUUCUUAUAGGAUUGAACAGUCACUUCUGUAGGCAAGAGAAGUAAAACAAGGGCAUUUCCAGUUAAUAUCUUUAUUAGAAGAAUGUACCGUACCUUGCAGCAGUCAUUGACUACUGCAAUUCAGAAUACUGCAACAAAUAUAAACUUUUAUAAAACAGCCAUUUAUAUUUACUGCAAGUUUCUUUAAAGUUAUAUUGUGUUGUACAUCAUUUGAAUGUUUCACUGCAAAGCCACAGUUUCUUGAGUCUAUCAAGAGGCCUGAUCCUGCCAUCACUACUCAAAUGAGAUUUGCCUUGUUCAGAGGAGCAGCACAAGCCUAUGUGCAUUUACAUCCUAUUUAGUUCCUCAAAAUGGGGCUCACAAGAGACUUAAUUGGUGCUGGCCUUCACUCCCAAGGUGAAUUUCACAGGUAAUCUCAUUGAGUCCAGUGGGAUAUCUGGUGGAAGGAUGGCAGAAUUGGGCUUUUUAAAAAAAAAAAAAAAAAGAUUCUGAAGAAAAAAGCCAUUAAUGAAAUACUUAAACUCCAAGGCAGACUGCUUGUGUUCAUAUAUUUUCAAUCACUACCUUUAACCUUUACAAAUAUUUGGGUUUGGGCAGCUGUUACAUUAUUUUAAGUCGUCAAAACAUUCUGAACUGGGCUUUUCCAUUGCAUUUACCAGAUGGAAGGGGGUUUUGCAUAAUGUGUCUCGAGAUGAUUGUAAAUUCUUUGUUCCUCUUUCUAAUUGUUUUCUGUAAUGUAUACACCAGUCUUUUCUGUAAUGUGUAUCUACCUCAUGCUUCACAAGAAGACUUGUACUGCUGGUUAUGCUGACAGCACUUUCUGUAAGGUAACUGUUGUGUUCUGUUUUUGUCAGACGGGGUGUUCAUGAAAUUAAUUGGUAUUAGCUAUCAUGUUUUCAACUGGUUCCAAACACAGUACUUUGAUUUUUUUUAAAUCAGUUCUUAAUUAGCAAAAUCUUAUUACAGAUGUAUUUUUUAAAAAAAAAAAUCAAUGGGAGAAAUGAAUCCAUUAAUCCCUCUGGCCAGUCUGAACACCCCAUUUAGUAGUGUGUUCAGAAGACUUGGGGAAAUGCUUAGUUGUACAGUUUUGAUAACCACAGUGUCAUGUCAUCUUAGUCUGUGCAUAAUAAAGUUAUAUAUCAAU